ACCCAGGCUUUGCAAGAUAAGACAACCUAAUUGAUACAGAGAAGAAAAGGGAAUACAAGCUGGAUUUGAUUGUCUGACUUCUCGGUUUACCAGCACACUGAAGGAAGUGACUUGAACUCAGACAUGACUGCGGAAAUUUGGGACGUUAUAGUUGUCGGUGCUGGACUAUCAGGACUGAGUGCAGCCCAUAUGCUUAGAAAAAGGGAUACCACUCUGAAAAUACUGAUUCUGGAAGGGAAAGAUCGAGUGGGAGGGCGCACAUUGUCUACUGAGUUACCAGCAGCCAACGGUGUUGAUCGCUGGGACUUAGGAGGGCAGUGGGUAGGAAGCACCCAAACACACAUCUUGGAGCUCAUAAAAGAACUGGGGUUAGAAGUCUACCCGCAAUUCAAUACUGGCAGAAAAGUGCACCACAUGGGUGGGCCAACUUCCAGAGUUCGUACCUACAAGACCAGCAUACCUGCGCUGUCCCCUGUGGUGCUAAUGGACCUCACCCAGAUCCUGUGGAAGAUUGACAGACUGUGCGCGACAGUAUGUGUCCAGGAUCCCUCGAAGACACCAAACGCAGCGGAAUUGGACAGCAUGACACUGCACACGUACACUGAGCAACACGCUUGGACUGCAGAACUAAAAGAGGAACUAGGACUGUGCAGCAGGUCUGUCUUUGGAAUGGAGCCAUCCCAGAUGUCCUUCCUAUUCUUCCUCAUGUAUGCUGCAGCUGCUGGAGGGCUACUGUCACUCUUGGAGAGCACUCCAGGUUGCGCUCAGGAGUUGAAGAUAAAGGGAGGCACCCAACAGCUUUCGGAGUGUCUCGCAGAACGUGUUGGAUGGAAGAAUGUCCGGCUGGGUUGUGCUGUGACAGCCAUAUGGCAGGAUACUGAGUGGGCCAGGGUGAUGACUGCCACAGACACCUUCUUGUGCAGAGCUGUGAUUGUCACCUGCCCUCCUCAUUUGGCAGCAAAGAUCAACUACCAGCCUGCCCUGCCCAGCCAGAGAGAAUUCCUUACUCAGAACAUGCCUGUGGGCCAUAUGAUAAAAUUCAUUAUUACCUACAAAACGGCUUUUUGGAAGGAGAAGGGCUUCUCUGGGGAAAUCGUUGCAGGAUCCUCCAGUGGGUGUCCAUUCUGUAUAACCUUUGAUGCCACCAGCCCCAGUGGUAAUGCUGCUCUGGUUGGAUUCAUCGCCGGCCAGCAUGCUUCUCAUUGGAGUUCAGAGGAGGUUGGAGAAAGGAAAAAAGCUGUGCUUUCCAGUCUGGUCAACUAUCUAGGACCUGAGGCUGCAUCUUUCAUCCACUAUGAAGAGAAAGAUUGGGCCAAGGAGGACUAUAGUGGUGGCUGUCCCGUUAAUGUCAUGGCACCAGGUCUGCUAACAUAUUACCACCCUAGCCUGAGGAAGCCCUUUGGCAGGAUACAUUGGGCAGGCACAGAGACAGCCACCAAAUGGUGUGGAUACAUGAGUGGUGCAGUGCAAGCUGGUCAGAGAGCUGCCCUGGAAGUACUGGCUGAAGUCUCCCACAUGACUCUGACCACAGAGGAGCAGGAAGAAAUGCAGUGCAUUGAAAAUGUCAAGGGUGCUCCUGAGCAAAGGCCAUCAUCCAAACUCAUAUGCCUGCCUACAAGGAAAUGUGUGGUGAUAGCAACACUGACAAUAGGAGCAUUUCUUCUGCUGGCUCAACAUCAAAAUACACUGUUAAAGAUCAAAACGUACUUGACAAAUGCCCUUUCAACAAGCAAGAAUAACCUACCCCUGCUGUAACAAAAUCUAUAAACCUAGUGUUUAUGUUUAAUCAAAAAAAUAAGAAUUUAAGACAGGAAGAGAAAAGGUAAAGAUUUCGCUGCAGUCAUAUAAUUUUUUUACCUGCAGUGAUUGCAAAAUUAAAAAAAAAAAAUGAAAAAACUCUUUAAGCAGCAUGAUAUUUAAAUUUUGUCCAUAAAAUUUAGAUUGUACUUAUCACCUUGAGCACUAUUUAAAUGCCACAGCCUACCUGAGUGUUACUGUUGACCAUGCCCAUCUCUUUAUGACCACAGUGUUCCCGUCUUCUGAUGGCUGCUUCCAACAGCUGCUACAGUACCUUAAUGGCUAAUGUGGCUAUCUGAUAAGAGCACUUUUGGCUGCUCCCUUAUUUCCACAGGGGUUACCAGAGUGGCUGGAUCUGCAUGUUUGGGGCAUGCCCCACUGGUGGGGUGCAGGGUCAUGAUAGGUGGGGUGUGGGCAACCUGGGAGAAAAGUCAUGUGGAACAAAUGUUGAACAUCGGAUUAAUUCUCACAGUGGAACAAGGAAAUGUUAGCAGGUACGUUAGCACAGUGAUUAGUGCAGCAUAGAGUUUGAGAACUACUGGAUUUGGCAAAGAAUUUAUGCUCGACGCACUACCAGAUGCAACCUUCCCAACUAUCUUGGCUUGGGAUCAAUGACGGCACUAGAAGUACGUUAGCUCGUGACCCCCCCAAGGCUGGGUUAGUUGCUAUCAGUUAAGCAGUUAACUCGCAGUUAAGCAGCACUACUUCACAGUUAAAAGAUCUCAAUUACUAUAAAUAAAUAAAUAACCUUUGAGAUGUGGUGGAACAGGAGAUUCACAUCAUGUAUGGGCAGCUGAAAAAUUUGCAGCAAAUGCAUUAUGCCAUUAUGUCAAUUUGGAGCAAUAUAUCUGAGGAAUGCUUCCAACACCUUGAUGAAUAUACACAAUGAAGAAGUAAAGCAGUUCUGAAGGCAAAAAAGGGUUCAACAUGGUACUGGCAAGGUAUAACAAACAAAGUGACCAGUGAUUGUAGAUGUAUGGCAGAGCCUUCAGCGAAAAUAUCUGGGAAAACGCCAAGAAACUCAAAAGAAAGAAGAACUCACAGCACAGACAAACAUAUCUUUCGGCAGCUCCCUUAUCCACAAAGGGUCACCACAGCAGAUGGAUCUGCAUAUUUGAUUUGGUAGAUUUUUAUGCCAGAUGCCCUUCCUGAUGCAACCCUCUCUGGGAUUUGUAUCUCUUCCGAGUCUUGAACUGGCUUUUGCACCUUAGGCAAAUGUGUGAACCACUACACCAUGCGACCCCUUAAUAACUGCCAUGGACAGUGUUUGUGUAAUUACUCCCAGACCAGAAGGGGGAGACAAAAGUUCUGCACUGCAGUUGGAAGCCAGUUUGCAGUGAGAAAAUAAAGCUUUUACAGUGUAUGCCUCGUGCCAUUUCACACAGAGCCAUAAAAACUGCAUGAAAGAUUUGAAGCAGAGCCAAAAGCAUGUUUUUUGGGGUUUUUUUUUAACUCACAAAACCAUCAAAAGACAGUUGAAUGAGUGUCAGAUGAAUGAACCAGUCACACAAUGGAAAUAUCCAAGAGAAGGUGAUUUAAUCGCUAUCACUUGAUUGCACAGUCGAUUGAAAGGAUUUUUGUCAGUCCCCAUGUCUCCUCUAGAGAGUAUCUCAAAUGCCCACUAAUCACUGCACGGUAGUCUGUGACUCCUUUGGCGCCACGGCUUGCUAUUUGUCUUUGUUAUCACUAGCUUGCACUGAAUCAACUGCUUGUUCUCCCUGGUUUCAUUUAAGCCAGCCCAGGCUGAAUCAAGGCCAACGGUCCAACAUCUCUCAACAUGUUUGAAAAUUUGUAGCAUUUGAUUACUGACUCAUUUUUGUCGUCAGUCAAAUUAAUUGGAAUGAGUGCAAUGGUUUUCGUACAAAUAUGAGUUCUGAAUAUAUUCAGUGUAAUACACCAAAAUUAUAUAUGUACAUUUUUUAUGACUUGACCGUAAUAAUAGGAACACAGUAGUGGAUUGGUGCACUAUUUUAGAACUCCACAGUGCUCUCAGAGGUACCUUAUUAUGAUAUAUGCCAAUGCCAGCACAAGGCACGCAUGCAGUACCGUACCAUCUGGGAGAAUGGCAGCUUGCCUUGUCAGUUGCUAUUUUUUCCAUCGUUAGUUGAAAUCCAGUUCUUAGUUUUAAUGAUAAAUGCAUUCCCAUCCCCAUUCCCACUGGGAUAUCAUGAGUAUUCAGUAGAAAAAAAUCUGACUAAACUAUUGUGUUCAUGAAUGAACACAAGUGCAACGCAAGCCUCACAAAUUGCUCAGAUUUUUAAAACCGGCAUCAGCAUCUAGUGUACAUGUUAAAGGUUAAACAAGUGCAGCAGCACAGAUGAAAAAAAUAAGCAUCAUUUCAGUUUUUUUUUAAUAAGCAAACUCUAAAGCUGCAGUCAACAUUGAUAAUUAGCAAUGUCAUAGUUCAUCAGAAUUAUGAAUCAGACUCAUACCAAAAAAGUCACUGAAGAAAAAAGCAUAAUGAUAUUGCAUAAGUUUAAGACAUACCAAAAUAUUGCUUCAUGAAGAAUUAGGAAGGUGUUUGUUCGUAUUUUCAUGUUCCCAUGAUUAAGCAUUUUUCAGCUUAUGAAAGUUU